GGAUGCCAGGCCCCAAAAGAGUCUGUUUACUAUCUCCUCUUUGAAUGUAGGCAGUGGCGGAGGCAGCGAGAGGCCUUAUAUCAAGGACUCACUAAGACUGGGAUUGCCAGACCAACAAUGGCAGAGGAGUACCCAGAAGGAAGGCUGUUUGGGAACCCCAAAGCCUCACGAGCCCUGCUGCAGUUCCUAGCAGAUACCACCAUAGGUUGUCCCCGGGGGGACCAGGCACGGGCAGUGGAUAGGGCUCAUAGAGAUGAUGAAUGGGGGCUGGAGGCCUUAGAGGAGGCAGAACAAGAUGUGACGAUUCAACUUGCCUGUCGUCACGUGAGCGGUGAGAAAGGCGGUGAGGUAUAG